AUGUCUCUCACGGACCCAACUCCCAAUACUAUCUCCGUCAUGGGGUUCAAAAUCACCACCCAAAAACGACCCAUACUAAAAGCCGAUCCGAUCGAAGACAUGACCCAAAGGCUAGGCAUUGCACCGCCGGAGAUGAUCUUUGGAGAUAACUACGUUACGAUUGAGCAAGAUGGUGGGGACUGGGGAAUCACAUUCAACGCAUUUGAUGCUCUAGAUCGUGUAGACAAAACGGGUGCGUCGAUGUUGAAGGUUGCUUAUUCGAACGAGUGGCAGAGAAGCAGGGAGAAAACGCAUGAGGGUAUCAAGGAAGUUGUCAAACCUUUCGACUGGUCUUAUAGCACGGAUUAUCUGGGCACUAUUCACCCUCGAAGCCUACCAUUUGAAGCAACCGAGAAGCCGAUUCCCGUCGAAUUACUCAAACGUCCCGACCCUAUUUUGUUCUUUGAUGAGGUCAUAUUAUACGAAGACGAACUCGCUGAUAAUGGCAUCACGACGCUGUCGUGCAAGAUUCGUGUGAUGCCCAAGCGAUUGCUUCUGUUGUCGAGGUUCUUUAUGAGGCUUGACAAUGUCCUGGUUCGCCUCAGAGAUACGAGGGUGUACAUUGAUUUUGAGGAUAUGGAGGUGAUUCGAGAAUACCAGUCCAAAGAAAGCGACUACGCGACCGUUCGACGGGUGUUAGCAGCUACUAGAGAUGACGUUCCAGCCGUGAUGAGAGACCCAAAUAGACUGUCAGAAGCUUUACCUCUCCUUGAGAAACGCUUAGAGCGGGUCAGCUUGAGAAAUUAG